AUGCCAACCCCCAUCGAUCUCGGCCAGCCCACGAAGCUCAACUGCGAGGUCGCAGUCUUCAGCGGCGCCGCCGGCCUCGAGGCCCAGGACCUCGGCGCCAAACGCAUCGAGCUCAAUGCCCCAGGCUCGUACGAAGAAGGUGGCCUCACGCCCCCGGUCAAGGAGCUGACCUCGAUUGCCUCGCAGCUUGAAAUCGCCAAGAAGCAGCAAGAAGAGGAAGAGGACAAGCUCCAAGACUUCAUCUACACCGACGCCGAGAUCGACCUCAUGCUCCAGGCCAUCGAGGACUUCAAGGCCACCCGCGUCCUCAACCCCAUCCGCGGCGACGGCUUCGUCUUUGGCGUCCUCCGCCGCCAGACCAAGGCCUCCACCCUCGCCAAGUACCCGGACCAAAAGUACACCAUCGACGAGGAGCGCUGCCGCCUCCUCAUCGAGGCCGCCAAGCCCUUCCCCUGCGUCUUCCACCGCGCCUUCGACCCCAUCGCCGCCUCCGAGCGCUGGGCCAAGGGCAUCGACAUCCUCGUGCGCUGCGGCUUCGACGGCGUCCUCACCGCCGGCGGCCACGGCGGCUGCCACCUCAACCAGGACAAGCUCGACGCCAUCUGCCACCGCGGCCACCCGGGCAGCCUGCAGCUCAUCGCCGGCGGCGGCAUCCGCAAGGGCACCGUCGGCCCUCUCGUCGCGCAGCUCUCCGUCCACGGCACUAAGAACGUCUGGAUCCACACCGCGGCCCUCGGCAGGGACGUCGACAGGGACGGCCGCCACCUCGAGGAGCUCAACGCCCGCGAGCUCAGGGGCAUCAUCAACAUCAUGAACAACACCCGGCCCGACUAG